ACCUGCACAACUCAGGUGCACGGACGGACGUGUGCACCCGGGGGACGGAUAAAGGGGGCGGUGGUCUCGGCAGCCAGCCGGUGGAAGUUGCUCUGCAGGGGAGGGACUUUCUCCCCGCAGUCUCCGUGUGGACGAACAUCUGCAGCUCUCUGCAGAAAUGCUUGUCUGCUUCCCUCCAGUCCAAGACAAGCCUCACACUUCAUCAGCAUCAUCGUCUCACAGCGGCUCCACUCAGGCUUCCUCCCAUCGUCGGAGCACGGGAGGACAGCGCUGCGUCCUCCCGCCUCUGCUGCUCCUCCUCCGGGCACACGGAUCGGACCUGCGCCGGAGUCUGUGGAUGGAUAAAAGCGUCUGAAAAAGGAGUGUGGUGGAGUUGAUCUACACCACUUCCCCCUGCAGCAACAGCAAACUCUGGGCUGGCUGCUACAUCAUGUCCUCGCCUCUGAGUGAGGAGAUUCCAGGCUACCAGCUGAGCGUGGUGCGGAACCCGCCAGGCUGGGAGGUGGCCAUCUACCUGCUGGGCUUUUUCGUGCUGCUGGCUGUCGCUGCUCUUAACAUUUGGAAACUAUGGAAAUCUGGUGCUUUCCCGGCUCCGUCUCCCUUCCCCAAUUUUGACUACAGAUACCUGCAGAAGAAAUAUGGAACCUCGUUCUCUGAAGUCAGACAGAAGAGAGUGGCUGCCAAUAACCACAGACGGAGCUCCACAGCCUCCAGUCGGAAGCCCAGUUUGGCUCUGGGUGACACCCCUGACGGAUUUAGGGACCUGGGCCAACUUGAGCUGAUGAGCCGGGAACUAGACCCGUCAGGCACGGCCCAGCUCAACCGUUCCAUCUCCACAGACUCGCUCAGUUCCAUCUCUUCCAUCGCCAACAACUUUGGCCAUGACUUCACCGUAGGCCAGCUUGAGGUCACUCUGGAGUUCGAGCCAUCUAGGCUUCCCGGCCGGAACACAGGAAUCCUUCACAUUACCCUCCAUCAGGGCAAAGAUCUGCUGGAGAGGGAGGAGGGGGACUUCCCUGGGUGCUUCAUUCGGGUAUCACUGGGGCCGGAGGAGCUGAAUGUUGGAAUCACACGGGUCCAGACGAAUGCCUUCACUGUCAUCUUUGACGAACGCUUCUCUGUCGCAAUGGACUCAUCUACCCUGGAUGAGUCCAGCUUGCGCUUUGCUGCAUUUGGUAUUGACGCAGACGAGAGGAACAUCAGUGCCGGCGUGGCAGAACUGAAGCUGUCUGAUCUGGACCUGAUGAUUCGACCUUUCAACGCAUGGCUCUACUUGCAGGAUGUCAAUAAGGCUGUUGAUGCUGUUGGGGAAAUCCUGCUGUCACUUAGCUACUUACCGACAGCAGAGCGCCUCACUGUGGUGGUGGCCAAAUGCAAGAACCUGGUGUGGACCAAUGGCAAGAACACUGCAGAUCCCUUCGUCAAAGUCUAUCUUCUGCAAGACGGAAGAAAGAUCAGCAAGAAGAAAACCUCCACUAAAAGGGACGACACAAAUCCAAUCUUCAAUGAAGCCAUGAUCUUCUCAGUUCCUUCACUUGUCCUGCAGGAGCUCUCCCUGAGGGUGACAGUUGCAGAGGCCACAGACGACGGUAGAGGAGAGAACCUGGGUCAUGUGAUCAUUGGCCCAGAAGCCAGCGGGAUGGGGAUCACCCACUGGAACCAAAUGCUGGCCACUCUGAGGAAGCCUGUGUCCAUGUGGCACCCGCUGAGGAGGAUCUGAGCCCUUCAAGUCCUUCCUGAAAGACCUGACUGAGGACUCAGUCCAUAUUGUAUUGGGCCACAGCAGUAAACACCUUAUCUUCAUACAAAGGAGAGGGAAAGGUGUUUGACCCUGAUCCAGGUUUAUUAUUAAUCCACAGGUCACUCAUUAAUGUUUUUUGGAAGUGAUAUUGUGUUGUGCGGCUUUUAUAAGGCAAUCUAAUUUGCAUUCAUUCCAUUUGUACUUUAGAGACUAAGCUUUCGCUGUCCCUUGCCUCUAUUGAGGAUUUAACACUUCAUUGGCAGCUGCACAUAAGAGGUACAUUAUUUCAGGUGUCCACAUGUCUCCCCUACAUCUGUGCUCACACUUGUGAGCAGCCAAGCGGAGUUGACUAAAUCCCCCACACCUGAACUGCAACCGUGGAAUGAUGGUCAAUCAUGAUCAUCAAGUCAAGUUUUGUUUAAUCUUUGGGUGUAAGUGCUAUUUUCAAAUUCAAUAUAUAUCUCAAUAUAUAUCUUUAUAUAACAAUUCCUCUUGGGGAUGCUCCGAUCCAUCAGCCAUUGAUCAUGAUGGGCUGGUACCAGUAACAUACUACUCCAAUAUUUGGAAGUAACCCCUGAAAAUACCACGAAAGCUGCAGCCAAAUGACCAGCAUGAGGUGGCCAACCAGUUGAGCAGUGUUAGGACAUAGGUCAACCUACUGUGGAUACGGGUGUUUAUUGGCAUUGGCUGCUCUAUUGCGGCCAUAAAUCAGUCAAAGUAUAUGUUGCUGAAACUACAGAAAUGUUGCCACACUAAUUAGCAUUCAAACAAACCUGCAGGGCAAGACGAUCAAUCGCAGUUAUUGUAAGUACUGUAUGUUGAUUUCAUUGGCGUGUGCAUGGAGGUUGUCUCCUGACUCUGCCAUCUCAGUGAUCUGCUCACUUUCACACUAGAUCUCUGUGAGAAAUUUCUAUUGUUUCGAAGUGGAAGAAUGACGCGUGCAGCGCAUCAGGGGGUGAGAGUCAGCAUUGUUUGUCAGUUUUAAAGCGCUCUCCAUUGAGUCAUUCUGUAGUUAAAAUAGACGUUCCUGUAUUUUCAGUGUGAAAGAGGUUUCACAGAUUAGUAGCUGCACAUCGCGGCCUCUGUCUUUCCUUCAUGGAACUUGGAAAUCUGAUGGAAUUCCCUGGUGACUUGCUCACAUGUAGGCAGGUAUGUGAGGUUAGAUCAUCUUUGGCUCCUUCCUCCCACCUCCUCUGCCUGUGGUGUACCAUCUGAAGAAUCAGCGACUGUUUCUUUUGCAGCACUCAUGUCACUUGUGUACCUUACUGACCUCGUAUCUGGUUAGAGCUCUGUGAUGUCGGCAUUGUCUGAUUGUGUGAACUAUCUAUUUUGCUUUUGAGAGUUUAGAGAAAUCCAGGUCCUCUUAUCCAGGUGAAACUAACUGAAUUAGUAGCAGUUGUUACAGGGUGUCAGAAUUUGAUGUUUUAUCGUGUUAACAAUGCAGCAGUUCUCACUCUUUCAUCAUGUACAGUGUAAAUACAUGGAUUCAGAAUUCAUUCUUUUUAGCAUAUGACAGUAUGGUUCUAACCCAAAUCAGAUUGUUUAUUUAAAUAUAACCAAAUGUUUUAUUGUUGUUGCUCCAUCAUUUGGGAAUAAAUGUCCCCUAAGUUGACCUCGGAUCAAUAUUGUAUUGACACAUUUCUGAAAUGCUCUUCUCUUUUGUGUUAGUGACAGUAAAAGGAUGGAUCAUUUUUGAAGACAUUCAAUACAUAUAUAUCUUUUAGAUUCCAGUGAUCAAAUGUUCCAGUCAUGUACAUGUGUUUGGUUGUAACUGUGAUGUAAAAAGCAUGGACGACUCUAUUGUGAUUGAGUGGUUUAGAUUUGUUUACAACAGAUACAACAUGAAAUCAAUAGAAAACACUUUUGCAAUUACACUUUUGGAUUCACAAAAAAUAAACUUUAUUAAUUACAUUAUGUAUUUCCAAAUAACUUUACUAUUAUAAUAAGAUUUUCUCAAAAUUAUUCUCGUCUCACUGUCCACACUUUCCAUUCCCAGGUUAUGAUGCCUUAUUUAUUAUCCCAUAUUAGGAAGGAAAUAUUUAACAGAGAAACGGACUCAACCACACAUUAAAGUGCACGACCAGACUUCAUGUCGUGUUUUUCAUUUCAUAGUCAUUUAACGGCUAAAUGUGUUCAGACACACUGCUGCUUUGCUUUUGUCUGCAGGGAUGGUGUCAAUUCAGGUGUGCGGAGGACAUACUCGCGUUUGCAUUCAGUUCAUUGAGUCAAGUUGCACUUGUAUGAAAAAGCCGUUGUUUCACCUGCACGCUUCAGUAACUGUAAGAACCAAGCUAAGCAUGAUUUCUUCUCCAUUUCAGAAUUUUCUCUUCAUUACAUUAACGUUCUGAAAACCUGUUUUGUUCAUGUCAGCACAGAAUAUCUCCAACAAACCACACAUUUAUAACACUUCAGGUGCCUCGCAGUCUGUCUGUUAUCUGGAUGCUGGAUAGACGCGGACUUCGAUUCGUUGUGGACCAUGGUGGGAGGCAUCAAAGUUCUAGUUGUGUUCUGGCAGCAACAAUUUAAUACGACUCUUAAAGUAAAUGCUUUUACCAUCAGAUGUUAAAGAAAUUAACGUUCGAGUCAGUGAAACCUCAUUGCAACAAUCUUGGGUUUUAUUUCCACAGCAUUUAGGCUCAUGAUUAAGGCUUCAACCAGUGAUGCAUCAACAACUAUGUUGCGUGACAUCAGCAUUUCAAUGGACAUGUCAGAUGUUGCACUUGAACAGCCAUGUUGUGGUUUCUUUGGUGUUUGUUUGUUGUUUUUAUGGGUAAUCCCAGCACCCAGAAAAAGAAAAAAAAAUAAUCUAAAAAAUAUCUAAAAAUUACUCAUAGUUACGGGUAGGUAGAAUAUUUUCGAGUGAGUAUAUUAACAAAGCAAUAUUUUCAUUUAGCAACAGCAUCCUUAUUCAGAGCUAAGAAGCUGUCGCUGACAUUGGACCAUGCAUGCCGUUAACCGACACUCCAUGUGAACAUGCUUCAUAAAUGCAGUGUAUGUGUGAAUGCUGUUUGAAA